UUUAAAGUCUCAAAACCACAUGUUAUAGAGUAUACCUUCUAAUUUUUGUAAUAAUGGAGAAAGACUUCACAUUUUUUCUCUUAACACUCUUUUUGCUUAUGGCUAGUUCAGUCAUGACUAAAACCAACAUUACCACUGAUCAAUUAGCUCUUUUGUCCUUAAAAUCUCAAAUUAUUUCCGACCCCUCUCACUUCUUGGAAGAAAGUUGGUCUCCCGCUAUUUUUGUUUGUCAUUGGGUGGGAGUCACUUGUGGUUCUCGCCAUCUGCGAGUGAAGUCCUUGAAUCUUUCUAACAUGGCUGUUAUAGGCAGGAUCCCUCGUGAUUUUGGAAACCUCACGUUUCUUGUUUCUCUUAACUUGGGAAGCAACAAUUUCCAUGGAGAUUUGCUCAAGAAAUGGCACGAUUGUGUCGGCUUAAGUUUCUUGAUUUAAGUUUCAACAACUUCAUAGGGGAGGUUCCUUCUUGGUUUGGGUUUUUACACUGACUUCAAGUUCUAAAUCUUAGGAAUAAUAGUUUCACUGGUCCCAUCCCUUCUUCGUUUUCUAAUAUGUCCACACUUGAGACUUUCAAUCUGAACUUCAAUUCCAUAGAGUGUCAAAUUCCAGAAGUGAUUGGAAGUCUUAUAAACCUUAGAGAAUUAAGGUUGCGAGGUAACAAGAUCAUAGGUUCAAUUCCUCUGUCACUCUCGAAUGCCUCGAGGUUGGAGACUUUAGACAUAUCUUAUAGUUCACUUCAAGGAAACAUUCCAGAAGGGAUUGGCAAUGUUCACAACAUGAAAUUAUUGGGCAUACAGUAUAAUCAGCUAAUGGGUUCUAUACCAUUCACAAUUUUCAAUAUCUCAAGAAUCGAAGUCAUUGCAUUUACAGGCAAUAGCUUAUCAGGAUAUCUUCCCAAUGGUUUAUGCAAUGGUCUCCCAAUACUCAAAGGUCUUUAUCUUCCUGAUAACAAGCUUCAUUGUCAUAUGCCUACAAGCUUAUCAAAUUGUUCACAACUUCAAAUUUUGUCUUUAUCGGAAAAUGAGUUUGAUGGACCAAUACAUAAUGAAAUUGGAAGAUUGAGCAACUUGCAGUUAUUGUAUGUUGGAGUUAACUAUUUCACCGGGAUAAUUCCACAAGAAAUUGGAAAUCUUGUUAAUUUGGUGGAGUUAUGGAUGGAGAAAAACUAGAUUACCGGCUCUGUCCCAAUCUCCAAAUUCAAUAUCUCGUCGCUGCAAAUUUUGUCAUUGUCGAGGAACAAUCUUAGUGGAUUCUUACCACGGGAGAUUGGCAACUUAACCAAGAUGCAACAUCUACAGAUUAGUGGAAAUAAGCUUAUAGGUACAUAUAUAUUCAAAUAGUGUCUCGAUAUAAAUGUACGUGCAUUGCAUGUGUGUCUCAUGUUAAUUUUUAUAGAUCCAUUAGAACUAAUAAAACUCUAUGAAUUUAUACAUGUAAUCAGUAAUAAAAUGUAACAAUUACAAAUAAAUCUUCAAAAGUGUGACAAGAAACACCAAAUGAGGAGAGUCUUUUAAUGUUUAAAUAGUAAAUUUGAACUUCUGUUAGUAGUUAGCAAACUUGAAUAAAGUAUCAUUUUAUAUAUUUGAGUCCAUAUAAAAAUACAAACCUGCACAAUAGAAAUUCAUAGAAAAUUAAAUUAAGAAGUCCAAUAGAGAGAAAAACAAAAAAGAUAAAAUAAAAUAAAAUAAAACAGAGAAGAAAAUAUAUAAUAUGUACAUCCGUCUUAAGACUUUGAUCAAUAACAAUAUAAAUGAAGGAAAAAGAAGUAUAGAGUUAGAACAUAAUUUUUUGAGUUCUUGCGACACCUUAUCCCAUUACCAAUUACAAUUCAAGAUUCUUCUUCACCAAGUCAAACUAAAGCAUGAAUCACAUAGAUAAGCACUGAGCUAACUAGUUCAUCUCACUUGUAUUCAUUCUUUCUUCAAGUGUUGAUAGGUAGAUAAGGAAUCUCGUUGAGUUGGAGAAACUUGAUCUUUCAAUUAAUAGUUUUAGUGGUUCUCUUGAUAUGGAGGUCUUCAACAUAUCAGGGCUGAGAGUAGUUUCUCUUUUAAACAAUAAUGUAUCAGGAAGCCUCACACCAAACAUAGGUUCUAUCUUACCCGACAUUGAAGAGCUUUAUCUGGGGAGCUUAACCAAUCUUGUUGGGACUAUUCCUCAUUCCAUCUCCAAUUGUUCCAAACUUACUAGUCUAGAGCUUUCUAUCAACAAACUCACAGGCUUGAUUCCCAAUUCUCUUGGAUAUUUGACUCAUCUGCAGCAUCUAAAUUUAGGGGGAAACAAUUUAACCAGUGACUCAUCAUUAAGCUUCCUGACUACCUUAACCAAUUGCAGAAAUUUAACAUUUCUAUCUCUAUAUUGGAAUCCUCUAAACGGCAUGCUUCCUGCCUCCACGGGAAACCUUUCCACAUCUCUUAGAACAUUUCUUGCCGACAGUUGUAAAAUCCUAGGGAGAAUUCCUAAUGAGGAUGGGAAUUUAAGCAGCUUAUUAUUCCUUUAUCUUUCCGGAAACAACUUGGUUGGAUCGAUUCCCACAUCAAUUGGAAACUUGAGAAUGCUUCAGCGGUUCAACUUGACUAGUAACAAAGUUACAGGAUUUAUUGGAGAUCAUAUAUGUAAAUUGCAGCAUUUGGGUGAAAUUCACUUGGGUCAAAAUCAAUUUUCAGGAUCUCUUCCUAAUUGUAUAGGGAAUAAUACUUCCCUUAGGGAGAAACAUCUCGGUUCCAACAAAUUGAGUUCCAAUAUACCACCAAGCUUAGGGAACCUUCACGAUCUAGUUGUUCUUGACUUAUCGUCCAACAACAUGGUAGGUUCUUUACCUCCAGAAAUUGGAAAUCUAAAGGUUGCAACAAAGAUGGAUCUAUCGAUGAAUCAAUUCUCAAAUGAAAUUCCUAGAGAAAUUGGAGAAUUGCAAAAUUUGGCACACCUUUCUUUGAGACACAACAAGUUGCCAGGAUCUAUACCUGACUCAAUAAGCAACAUGGUAGGUUUGGAAUUCCUAGACCUUUCUCACAAUAAUAUAUCGGGAAACAUUCCCAAGUCUUUGGAGAAGCUUCAAAACUUGAAAUAUUUCAAUGUUUCUAUCAACAAAUUGUAUGGUGAAAUACCCUCGGAGGGUCCUUUCAAGAACCUCUCGAAUCAGUUUUUCAUCCACAAUGAAGCAUUGUGUGGUUCUUCAAGAUUUAGUGUCCCCCACUUCAUCAUAGCACAGAUCAAAUGGGAAAAAAUUGCUAGUUCUUUUUCUUUUGCUGGGAAUUGCACUAGUAGUUAUUCCUAGCACCUUUAUUCUUUUAUGGAUAAGUUAUAGAAAAGGUAAAAGAGCUCCUCAACAAGCUGAUUCAUUGUCUGCCAUAACAAGAGAAAGAAUUUCAUACUAUGAAUUGAUCCAAGCAACUGAUGCGCUUAGCGAGAGUAAUCUGAUUGGUUCUGGAAAUUUUGGCUCUUUUUACAAAGGUGCUCUCAGAAGUGGAACUGCCAUUGCAGUUAAAGUGUUCAAUCUUCAACUAGAGGCAGCAUUCAAGAGUUUUGAUACGGAAUGUGAAGUUUUGUGCAGCCUUCGCCAUAGGAAUCUCGUUAAAGUCAUUACUAGUUGUUCC